AGAAAUUCCUACCAUUUAAGACACCCCUAGAUUCCAAAUAUGAUAGUGAGGUGCCUGAGGAAAGUCGGUUCAAUAUUGAGAUGUUGUUCAAUGCAGCAAAGACUAUGAGAAAAAAGAUUGGAAUGAUUGUGAACCUGUGCAACACUGAACGAUUUUAUGACAAGCUGGAGGUGGAGAAAAGAGAGCCAGGCUGCAGCAUUGUUCAGCUCAAGUGUAAAGGUCGAUCAGAGACACCAACAGUAGAACAGACAGAGGCCUUCGUUGAUCUGUGUGACACAUUUAUCCGGAAGAAGCCACUAGAAAUUAUAGGUGUCCACUGUACACACGGGUUUAACAGAACUGGGUUCCUGAUCGUAGCUUACCUUGUGGAGAAAUUAUCCUGGAGCGUGGAGGCUGCUGUCAGAAAAUUUGCUGAGGCUCGACCUCCAGGCAUUUACAAACAAGACUAUCUCAAUGAGUUGUUUGAACGAUAUGGAGACAAGGAAGAUACACCAGUGGCACCAGCUCUGCCUGCUUGGUGUACAGAGAGUGAUGAUACUGAAGUGGAUGAUGAUGGCAACGAAGGCAGUGGAUCGCAGACUAAUGGGCAAGCAGGAGGCAAGAAGAGGAAGGAAUUUAUGAAAAAGGAUGCAAAGUUCGUAGAUGGGGUCAAAGGUGUUACCAGGGUCACGACCCAACCAAGGUUAUCUCACAUACAACAGAAGUGUCAGAGUAUGGCAGGCUGGAAAAAUUCGGGCUUCCCAGGGUCUCAGCCUGUCUCCCUGGACAUCAACAAUCUCAGAUUCCUCACACAGAAGCCCUACAAAGUCAGUUGGAAAGCAGAUGGUACCAGGUACAUGAUGCUGGUAGAUGGCAAAGAUGAAGUGUACAUGAUUGACAGGGACAACUGUGUCUUCCACGUGCCUAACCUCAACUUCUUCAAGAGGAAAAAUCUCUCAGCUUAUCUCGCAGAAACUCUCUUAGAUGGAGAGCUGAUCAUUGACAAAGUUGAUGGACAAGACAUCCCCAGAUUCUUGGUCUAUGACAUCAUCAAAUUUGAAGGCAUCGAUGUGGGUAAAGCAGACUUUGACCGACGUCUUCUGUGCAUAGAGAAGGAGAUUGUUGGCCCUAGAUACACCAAAAUUCAGCAGGGGUCGCUAGAUAAAACCAAGGAGCCUUUCAGUGUUAGACUGAAGCCAUUUUACGACAUCACCAUGUCUCGCAAGUUUCUGGAUGACAAGUUUACGAAGACACUCAGCCAUGAAGUGGAUGGUCUCAUCUUUCAGCCAAGUGCAGAUCCUUACAUCUGUGGUCGGUGUCAGGAUAUACUCAAGUGGAAACCCCCAAGUCUCAACAGUGUCGACUUCAAACUGAGGAUCACUAAAGUUGAGCAGAUGGGAAUGUUGCCCGAGUGGCAGGGUUUGUUGUAUGUAGGGCAGCUGGACACCCCGUUUGCUUCCAUCAAGGUAACGAAAGAUCUCAAGAACUAUGAUGGAAAGAUAAUUGAAUGCUCAUAUGAUGGCAAGUGCUGGCAAUUUAUGAGGGAGAGAACAGACAAGUCAUUUCCAAACAGUUACAACACAGCCAUGGGUGUAUGUGGCAGUAUAAAACACCCAGUGACCAAAGAGCUGCUUUUGCAUGUCAUAGAGAAAGAAAGAUGGCAGCCAGAAGCAACCAAACUCAUGCCACCUCCAGACAGAAAACAUUAA